AUGGCCCUUAAUAAAUUAUCCGCUUGUCCGCCAACUCCGCGAAAUGCUGCAUUUUUCACGCAACCAUUUAUACUUCUUAUGCAUUUAACACGGAGGCUCUUGUCAGCUGCUAAACCUUUAAUCUCGAUCGAACAGUCACUUUUUGAGAAGCGGGCGGUGUACGAGGCAGGCAUACGUAGAAAGGAGUAUGUGUUUCCCAAUCGAAUCUCUCAUUUUGAAGCUUAUAAGCCAAACAGCUCCACAUCGGGUUCCACAAAUCCUCACUUUUGGGCAGUGACAGGUCCUAGAAAGUCAGAUUUUCUAAGCAUUGUAGCUGGGAAAUAUGUUCCUGAGCCAGCAACGGGCCGAAAAUACUCAAUUCUACCACAUGAACGCAUUCAAUUCUUGAAUUUUCGUGAAUCUUCAGGUCUAGACAAGGUCCAUUUGUCGGCUAGAUACGAGUCGUUUAGCAGUAAAGCUGACCAUGAAUUAACCGAUGAUGUCAAUUCAGUACGAAACUACGUUACUGGGGCAAAUAACUAUAACAGUAAGACAUCGGCUAGUGUAUCAGAUGAACUCACCAACAUGCUUUUAGAGAUGUUUAACUUGACCCAUUUGGCGAAAAAAUGGAUAAAUUCACUAAGUAAUGGCCAAAUGAGAAGGGCAAGGAUUGCUCGGUCUCUCAUAAACAAGCCAGACAUGUUGGUCAUAGAUGAUCCUUUCUUAGGACUCGAUCCAGAAGCUACUGAGCUUGUGUGUGCGUCGCUCGCCAAAGUUGCUAAUGAACUCCAUACUAGUGUUAUACUUGGUUUACGAGUGCAAGACGACGUACCAGAUUGGAUUGGACAUAUGGCAUUUGUCAACGACGAUGGUUUGGCUCUUGCCGGUGCUCGAGACAAAGUUGAAGAAAAUUUAGACAAAUUUGUCAAAUUACAAACUGUUAUCCACGAGAAAAAUGAGAGGGACCAUGCUCACCAAUGGCGUCAAAUCGAUCAAAGUGUGCUUCAAAACGAAAAAUGUCAUGUCCAGUUCCAAAACGCUUCGGUUGUCUAUAAAGGAUUACCCGUGCUUCAAAAUUUCAAUUGGUGUAUUCCUCGUGGGUCUCGCUGGCGUAUUCUAGGUAACAACGGUACUGGUAAAACCACAAUACUCUCGUUGAUUACUGCAGACCAUCCUCAGCUGUGGAAAUCAGUUCUUUCUAUCGACGGGGUAUUAAGGAAAAGUGGUAGUGGCGCCAACUUUUUUGACGUUAACAAUGCUAUUGGCAUGUCCUCGCCUGAGUUGCACGCAUUGGUACCCACUUCGAAGACGAUGAUGGAGAUUAUUCUUAAUGGACUAGUCAAGGACGUGGGUAACUCGAACUUUUUAUACAAGCCCAAAGAACCCAUAGAAUUACCGAAAAGCAUGGAACGGUUCCAGGACCGUCUCAGCAUCUACGGUGACGUUCCCUUUGGUGAAUUAUCAGUUACUGAUCAGAAACUUGCAUUGUUUUUACGGGCAGUUAUCAAGAACCCUUCACUCUUGAUUUUGGACGAAGCAUUUUCAUGUAUGGAUGACGAAGAUGUUAUGGUUCAAUGUCAUCGGUUUAUUGAGCAAGAACUCCAAGAUUGCACCGUCUUAACCAUAGGUCAUAUAGAUUGGGAAGUUGCACCACAUGAUUACGUUCUCAAACUCACGGGAGAUGUACAUCGCAGCUACCAAAUAUGGGCCAAGAAAUCUUAA